AUGAUCCUGAGUGUUGCCUUCUUCACCCAGACAGGAAUCGGGGUUAUAGGAAAUUCCUUUCUUAUUUGUCUCUUUGUCUUCCUGUUUCUCAGUGGAUGCAGGCUUAGACCCAUAGAUCUUAUUUUCACACAGCUUGUCUUGGGCAACUGUUUGACGAUACUCUCAAAAGGCAUCCCUCGCACAAUGGUGGCCUUCGGAAUGAACAAUUUCCUGGAUAUCACUGGCUGUAAAAUUAUCAUCUACCUUCAAAGAGUAGCUCGAGGUCUCACUCUCACCCUGACCUGCCUCCUGAGUGGGUUUCAGGCCAUUGCCAUCAGCCCCAGAAACACAGGUCCAGCAGGUCUGAAAGACAGAGCUCAGAAGCGCAUUGUUCCCUCCUUUCUCCUGUGCUGGGCUUUCCAUGGGCUUCUCAACAUCUUUAUUCCUGUAGGAAUGAUUGAUCCGAGGCACAUCAUAAAUACCACUCAGAUACAGCAUUAUGGAUAUUGUUCUCACUUAGUUCCUUCAAGAUUUUGGGCUUCCCUGUACACGUUUCUUCUCUCAUUUCCUGAUGCUGUUUCUUUGGGGUUCAUGAUAUUUGCUAAUGGCUACAUGGUGCUUCUUCUGUACAGGCACCACAGACAAGUUGAACAAAUUCGCAUCACCUGCCUCUCUACCCCAGCCUUCCCUGAGAUCAAGGCCACCAAAACCAUCCUUCUGCUGGUGAGCACCUUUGUCUCCUCUUAUUCUGUUGAGUGCAUCUUGUCAGCAUUCAUGGCUUUUAUGAAGUCCCCAACAUGGUUUGUGCACACCUCUGCAUUCAUGACUUCUUUCUACCCAGCUAUUAGUCCUUAUGUGUUGAUGAGCAGCGACUCCCACAUUCUGAAGCACUGCUCUGUUCUUUGUGGGAGGAAAGUGCCCCAUUUUUACAAGGAGAGCAGGAGACUCUCCCCUGUCAUGGGAGACCCUAGGAAAGCUCCUGUCAAAGGGAAGGCAUUGGGACGAUGGUAG